AUCCAUCCAUAGAUUCAGAUUCGAUGGAUCCUAUAGAUCAUAGAUUCAAACUGGAUCCGGUAAACGGAUCUGAAUUGGAUCUGGAUCUUCAAAUCCAUUUUGCAGAACACUACAACCAAAUAUUAUGUUAG